AUGUCGGCCUCCAGCAACGCUCGCAAGGUUCUCAUCGUCGGCGCCGGCCCCGUGGGCUGCUUGACGGCGCUCAGCUUCGCGAAGAUGGGUUGGAAAGUUGAUCUACGCGAAUCACGGCCUGAUAUCCGUUAUGUCGAUCCGUCUACGAUCGCCCAUCGCUCUGUCAAUCUCGCCAUAUCAAGCAGGGCCAUCACGGCCUUGGGAACCAUUGAUUCGGGAAUCACAGCUCGGCUGCUGGAAGACUCUAUUCCAAUGAAGGGAAGGAUGAUUCAUACAAAGGAUGGGAAGGAAGAGAGUCAGCUAUAUGACCAGCACGGUCAGCACCUCAACUCUAUGGGCCGCGGACUUCUCAACAAGGUUCUUCUGGAUGAACUCGAGCAUUACACCGGCGUGAGCGUACGCUUCGAGGACAAGCUAAUCGCCAUCGACUUCGAGCGCAAGACCGCGAUUUUCAUUCCGCCUUCUGCCGAUACACUCGAGGUUGCCUUCGAUUUCUGCAUCGGCGCAGAUGGAGCGCAUUCUUUGGUGAGACGGCAGAUGAUGCGGGUAGUCCGCAUGAACUUUCAACAAGAAUACAUUCCACACGACUAUGUCGAGCUACACAUGUCCCCAGGCGUAGGCGAGAACGGCCAGCCGGUUUUCCGGAUUGAUCCCAAUCAUUUGCAUAUAUGGCCGCGAAGCGCAUUCAUGUUGAUCGCAUUGCCAAAUAAGGAUAAGUCGUUCACAUGCACAUUGUAUGCGCCCACCGCAGAACUCGACAAGCUGGAAACGCGUGAGCAGGCCUCCGAUUGGUUCGACCUUCACUUUCCGGAUGCUGUCCAGCUCAUUGGGCGUGAAUCGCUCCUGGACGACUUCGAGGAGAACCCUAGAAGCUCUCUCAUUUCCGUCAAGACAUAUCCAUACCACUUUAAGGACUGUGCUGUGGUCAUCGGAGAUGCAGCACACGCUAUGGUGCCUUUUUACGGCCAGGGCCUCAACUGCGGGUUCGAAGAUGUCCGCGUCCUGACCACGUUGUUCAAGUCCUUUGGCGUUGCACCGGUGCCGCCGAAAGCAGACGAGGAAGAUCGCUUGGGGCCAUCCCUGGAAGAAUACUCACAGAUACGAAGAGAGGAUCUGAUUGCGAUAAGUGACCUCGCCAUGUAUAACUACAUGGAAAUGCGUCACCAUGUGAUCACCCCUAUUUAUCGAUUCCGUCGCGUUGUGGAUCGACUCCUCUCGACAUUUGCGCCAUUCGUUUCUGGAGCGUCCCUCACCGACGUGCUUUCGAGGGUUCCUUUCCCUACCAACGCAGCGCGAGGCUGGCUGCCACUCUAUACGAUGGUCACUUUCAGGCCUGACAUCAAUUAUGCCACCGCAAAACGUAGGGCACAAUUGCAGACCAGAAUCCUUGACUACUGUGGAUGGCUUGCUGGUGCCACAGCCUUCAGUUUGUCAGCACUCGGCGCCUGGAGAUUCGCAGUAUGGAACGGGGUGCUUCGCAGGUAAUGACAGGCACCGCCCUCGCCAGGGUCUCCUGCCAGAUAUAAAGCUAUCUGUGUACCACGUGUGGUAGAGGGGGUAGGUGGCCUCAGGAGCUUCCCAAAUUAUCCCCUGCAUGUAAAUAGCAUCGUCAGCGCUUCUGAUGCAAAGGAGCGCGCGUGAGUCCAGAUGACUUGAUAACAUUGCCUCUUGUGUACAUAUAUACACAAUGAUGAACCAGCGCUGAACUGGCUAAUGGACACCAUGAAAACGG